AUGAAGAGAAUCGAUCUAAUAGAAUCGAGGAACGGAGUCAGAAAUCAGUACAUACAAUCAACAUUCGCUUCAAACUGUGGAUUCUCGUCAAUGAGAUGCAUCGCAAAAUGGCUAUCGUUCGAUCAUGCCACGAUGACGAUCAUGGAAGCCCUCGAAAUGCUCGCCAAUUUCCUCGACGAAUCCGAUCCCGACGUAGAUGAAAGCAAGAUGUUAUAA